UGCAUUUACGUCGCAUUAAUGCGUUGCGCCGUUCGGGAAAUAAUAUUUCUUUUCUCUUCCACUCUUCCCCUCCCCUCGACGUAAACAUACGAUCGUCGCUCGUCAGAACGCGAAAAUCCACUGCGCACCUCUCCGCAGCGGCGACACGCACGCACCGAACGCGACAAUACAGUACAUUGUUUUUAAAUUCUUCUCUGCACUUCGAUUUUCGUCCGUUUCGCUUUCGGACGACCUCUCGCUGCUCUUCACUCCGACGAUAAUAAUAUUUUUGUUGUUAUUGUUGCUAUUGUGAAUUGUGUUCGUUCGCACGACGUCUUUUGUCCGGCAAUCGAACAGCAAUCGUAUUUCAUUAGAAUAGAAGUCGUCCAACGAUCGACAUCCUGUUGGCGGCUGAUUUAACUCGUAAUCGCAGUCGGAACAGAGAACAAUUACUAUGGCGACCAGAAAGAAGGUGCUCUUGAAAGUGAUCAUUUUAGGUGACUCGAGUGUGGGUAAGACUUCGUUGAUGAACCAAUACGUCAACAAGAAGUUCACUAAUCAAUACAAGGCAACCAUUGGUGCCGAUUUCCUGACUAAAGAGGUUAUGGUCGACGAUCGUAUAGUCACAAUGCAGAUAUGGGACACAGCUGGUCAAGAACGUUUUCAAUCUUUAGGCGUUGCGUUUUAUCGUGGUGCUGACUGUUGUGUGUUGGUAUUUGAUGUUACUUCUCCAGGAUCAUUUAAAUCUCUAGAUGGAUGGCGUGACGAGUUUUUAAUUCAAGCUUCGCCAUCUGAUCCAGAUCAUUUUCCAUUUGUUGUCCUUGGCAACAAAGUUGAUUUAGAAAAUCGAGCUGUGUCCUCUAAAAGAGCUCAACAAUGGUGCCAGAAUAAGAAUGGUUUACCAUAUUUUGAAACAUCUGCUAAAGAGGCAAUUAAUGUUGAACAAGCAUUCAAAACAAUAGCAAGAAAUGCAUUAGCCCAGGAAUCAGAUGUUGAGCUUUAUAAUGAAUUUCCUGAUCAAAUUAAAUUGAGUGGAGGUUCUACAGAAAACCGAUCCUCUGGUGGUGAUAAUUGUGCUUGCUAGUAAUAGUAAACAAUAAAGUCACUGGAAUAUUGCUGUCUAUUAUCAAUAUGCUCCUUGACUGAGAUUCUAAGAUUGGUCUCAUUGUUAUUGUCUUGAGUAUAAUAAAUUAUAUAUAUAUAUAUAUAAAGUUGGAAAAAGAACAUUAUGCAAUGCGUGGAGAUAGUCUAUUAUUUAAUAUUUGAAUUUAAGUUAUAAAUAUAUAUUUUAUUAUUUUUGUUUCUA